CACGUUUAGCCCACUUCACCUCACCACAGCCAAGCUGUUUGGAGAUGCUUGCUGGUGCAAAAGCUGGCAGACUGGAGCUUCUGGAGGCUGAGUUGUUCAUGGAUGGCUUCAUUUGACACUCCCCAGCUGAAAUCGGCUCCGCUGCCAUUUCCAACUCAAGACAACAGGGGGGGAAGCCUCUGGCGCAAGCAGUUGAUGCCCUCCAUCUCUGGCAGUGGUGGCAGUGAGGCAUCAGGCUCGAAUGGACUUGGAUGCCUCGACCUCAUCGCAACCCCUUGGCAGUCGAAGGAGCCCAUUGCUGAGUUCUGAUGCUACUGGGUCUGCGUCUGUAGCUGCCAUGAGGAGAAGAAAUGGCUCUUCAAGUGCCGAAGAGACGACUCAGCUGAUGGUUAGACGACUCAGUGAGAUCUCCACGUCGUCCAUCAGUUUCGAUGCCAGCAAAUUGGCCAUGUACAAGAAUUUCUCUGUGAGAUCAUCCUAUUCGCGGGACUUAGACGGCGAGGCAGUUGGACGUCCCUCCAGAAGAUGUAGAACUGGUGGAUAUCCUGUCCCUUCUCGAUCACCCGCAAUGUCCAUCUCAGAAAUGGAUCUUCUUGAGGAAAACGAAGCACUCACGGAGCAUAUUCAAAGAGAAAAAGAGAAGAGGGAGAACAAGACCGCGAUAGCUUUCGAGCAAGUUCCAUCGAGAAAAACAAAGACCACUGUGGUGUCCUUGUGAGGUUUGAGCGCCUUCCUCAACAGUUUGCAAGUUGAGACCCAGCUCAGAAGCAGUCGUUGUUUGGAAUCUAUACUUUCAGCCUCAAACUCUGAGCACAACGUGCUGUUGCAGGAAAGUGCAUUCAAUUCGCUUGUUUAGCCUCUGGUGGUAGAAUGGAAUUUGUAAAGCAUAUUCCAAACAAGACAAUCGCAUCACAUAUAUAUAAGCAAUCGUAGCCCUCAUCGUUCAACUGCACAAUUGCCCAAAGGCAAUGGCAGAGCACGAUUCCCACUCUUCGGUUUUAUGCGAUCCCUCAAGAAUUGGAUCAUUUUCUCUCGCACUCGCGGCCAAGCAACUAAUCACUGUUCUGUGUGCAGGUGUUUCCUCGAAC